GUUCCUCCGCCACCUCGAAAUCACCCCCACCCCCUGUUCGAACUACUACUAUGCUUCUACUUCCUCCUCCCUCUCCACUUCUUCUCACUCCACCCCCCCUUCUCUUCUUCCCUCAUCUCUCUCUCUCUCUCUCUCUCUGUGCAACUCCUCGUUGCAUCGACUCAUUCACAAUGACGAUUUCCUCCCUUACAAACUCCAUUGCCAUUAGCAUCAUUUCCUCACUCCUCCUCUUCACUUCUCUCUCCUCCUCCUCCCUCUCCCCCGACGGCCUCUCCCUCCUCGCCCUCAAAUCCGCCAUCUCCUCCGACCCCACCCACGCCCUCACCUCCUGGUCCUCCACCGACCCCACCCCCUGCCACUGGACCGGAAUCACCUGCGACCACACCACCCAACUCGUCACCUCCAUCUCCCUCCCCAACAAAGCCCUCUCCGGCUACCUCCCCUCCGAACUCGCCUCAUUGCUCUCUCUCCGCCGCCUCUCUCUCUCUAACAACUCUCUCUCCGGACCCAUCCCCACCCAAAUCUCAUCACUGCAAAAACUAACCCACUUGGACCUAUCCUCCAAUCUCCUCAGUGGGUCUUUACCAGAAUGCCUAAUCAAUCUCACCCACCUCGCCGGAACGCUAAAUUUAUCCUACAACAGAUUCUCUGGCGAGGUCCCGCCGGCCUACGGCAGGUUCCCGGUGGCGCUCAGCUUGGAUCUCCAGCACAAUAACCUCACCGGAAAAAUACCCCAGGUGGGGUCAUUAUUAAACCAGGGCCCCACCGCGUUCUCCGGAAACCCGAACUUGUGCGGGUUUCCGUUGAACUCGCUGUGUCCUGAUCCGGAGGCUCAAAACCCUAAUAACCCUAAUAGGGUUUUCUCAAACCCCGAAAACCCUAGAAACCCUGGUGUGGGUUUUGUGAGUAAUGGAGGGAGGAAAAAUGGGUCGGUGAUAGUUUCGGUUGUAUCGGGCAUUGCGGUGGUUAUCGGGGUGGUUUUCGUAUCGGCAUUGGUGUUUCGGAGGAAAUGGAGGAGGUCCGAGGAGGGUAGAAUGGGAAGGUUGGAGAAGUUGGAUAAGGAGGUGGAGGUGGAGGUGGAGGUGAGCGAGGAGGGGCAGAAGGGUAAAUUUGUUGUGGUGGAUGAAGGGUUUGGUUUGGAAUUGGAGGAUUUGUUGAGGGCAUCGGCGUAUGUAGUGGGAAAGAGCAGGAGUGGGAUUGUGUAUAGGGUGGUGGCGGGGAGGGGAUCGGGCGGAGCGGGUGCGAUGGUUGCGGUGAGGCGCUUGAGCGAGGCAGAUGCCACGUGGCGGUUUAAGGAGUUCGAGGCCGAGGUGGAGGCUAUCGGGAGGGUUCAGCAUCCGAACAUAGUGCGGUUGAGAGCGUAUUAUUAUGCUAGUGAUGAGAAACUGCUGGUUUCUGAGUUCAUUCGCAACGGAAGCUUGUACACCGCUUUGCACGGAGGACCAGCAGAACCGUCGCCACCGUUAUCCUGGGCAGCAAGGUUGAAGAUUGCCCAAGGCAUUGCUAGGGGUCUUACGCAUAUUCAUGAAUGCAGUCCUCGGAAGCACGUACACAGUAACAUAAAGUCCUCAAAAAUCCUUCUCGACGACGACCUUCAUCCUUACAUUUCUGGUUUCGGACUCGCACGACUUGUUCAGGGCAACUCAAAAUCCACCAAUCCAGCACUUAAAAAGCACAACUUGAACCAAAUUACAUUGAGCCCCAAAAGUAUACCCUCUUCAUCCAUCAUAUACACGGCACCCGAGGUUCGAGUUUUGGGAAGCAAGUUCACACAGAAAUCCGACGUGUACUCGUUCGGAAUCGUGCUUUUGGAGAUUUUAACCGGUCGUUCUCCGGAGUUGGGCCUGGAAAAUGAUGGGAAGGGGCUAGAGAGCCUUGUGCGGAGGGCGUUUCGGGAGGAAAAACCAUUAUCUGAAAUUAUAGACUCGACACUUGUACACGAGGUUCAUGCAAAGAAACAAGUCGUUGCUGCGUUUCAUGUCGCGCUCAACUGCACGGAACCGGAUCCGGAGGUCCGGCCUAGGAUGCGGACUGUUUGUGAUAGCCUCGAUCGCAUCAAAUCACAAUGAGAGAGAAGAAUGUUAGGACAAGAAAUUGUUGUAAAGUUAUGUUUGCUUAUGGUAAGUCAGUAGUGAUGUUGGAGUUGUUUUUGUUCCUCGAUCUUCCUCGGACGUUGGGUGGUUGUAAUGUGGAUCUUCAUUUGGAAAAUCCAUUGUCAUUUUGUCUCA